ACCAAAGGCUCUUACAGUGGUCUGCUCUGAUUCACUAAUGAGGAGGGAGGUGUUCUGAGGUCCCCAUAGGUUUGACAGAGAUGCUAUGCACGCUCUCUGUCACAUCACAAAGCUAGAUUUGAACUGGGCAAACACUGGACAGGAGACAGAUUUCACAGCAUCAAGUGUGCAGUUUAAGGUUAAAAUGGCUUUUACUGGUGUAUUGAAAGAGGAUGACAUCAGAAAUGCAAUUGACGCUUGUCAAGGACCAGAUACAUUUGAUUUUAAGAGCUUCUUCAAGGUUGCUGGGCUUAGUGGCAGACCACAACCAGAGAGAGAAAAGGUGUUCAAAGUUGUAGACCAAGACCAGAGUGGAUUCAUAGAAGAGGAAGAACUCAAGUUCUUUCUGCAGAAUUUCCUCUCGGGAGCACGGGAGCUCACUGAGGCUGAGACCAAAGCGUUCCUGCUUGCAGCAGACUGUGAUGGAGAUGGCAAGAUCGGCAUGGAAGAGUUCUGUUCCCUGAUGAACUGAAGACCUGGCUGUCAUGAGGGAAGAUGGUGAAUUACCUGUCUUGAGUUACUCUGUUGAUGGAGAUAUUGUCAGUGACUGCCAUAAAGGUGUAAAGGUUCAAAGAAGAAAGAGUUGAACCAAACAACUUCAUUAAGGCCUGUGGAAUAAUUAAAUUCAA